UAAACCGGCCCGAAACAGGGGAGGUCGGCCGCGCCGGCCCACCACACGGCUCGAAGCGAUGCUUCCGGCGCUGCGGCCUGGCCGCCGGCUCCCGGUCUCGUCCCUCCGCCGCCUCCUCUCCGCCGCCGCCGGCGAGGGCGGUACCCCCGUCGAUGCCGAGGUAGCGGCCGCGGCCGCCACCGCGGCGAAGGCCCGUGCGGAGGCGGCGGCGCGGGCUCGGAUGGAGGCGUACAAGCAAGUCCAAAACUUCGACUGGAGCAGCGGCGCCGACUGGAAGACGGCCGCCAACAUCCUCUUCACCGUGCCCCCCAAGCGCAAGGAGUUCGGGCUUGAUUUCCACCUUGUGCAGCUCUUCUUUGUCUGCAUGCCCUCACUAGCUGUCUAUUUAGUGGCACAAUAUGCACGGAGGGAGAUCAAAAGGAUGGAGGCGGAAGCAGAAGAGAAAAGGAAAAAAGAUGAGGAACUUGAGAAACAAAAACAGUUUGAGGAGGAAUCUAAUAAGGAGGAUUCUGACUUAAAGCUUUCAAAGUUAUUAGACAGGCUAGAUACACUGGAGGGGGUUGUAAAGGAAAUUGUGGAUGACAAAAGGAAAGUUCCUUCUGCUGAUUUACACACCAAAGAGGAGGUUCCAAAAAAAGAUGAAGCAUCUCCGAGCAAGGCUUCCGAUUUGAAAAGCAGCGCAAGUGAUACUCAGCCAGCGACAGUCAUGAGUAAGGACACCAGUCGUGCUUCCAAUGCUCCAGCAAAUACCGCACAGCCAAACAGUAAGGGGAAUCAAGAUAAGGCAUCUCCUACUGAGUCCAAGAGCUGACAAUUCAUGUUUUUUCUUGGGUUUCUUUUAUAUGAGGUUUGUAGCAAGGAGUUUUCACAACCUCAUGUACGGCGGGCCUUCAGAGAGUUACAGUGGGCUAACUUUUUGUAGCUUGUAGCACCUUUGAUGAUUGAGGCCUGUUGGUCUUAGCCGUGACAGAUCUUUCUGCUUACUCUUUUGUACUAACUAGGACGAAGCAAAUGUAUUUUUUUUAAUAAAAGAAGCAAAUGUACUUGUUUGCAACUCGUGACAUGAAAAUUCA